AAGAAGAAGAGAUAGCAGCCGGCCCGUGAAUGCAGAAGAAGAAGGAGCAUUGUGAGACGCUAACGAAAUCGUCAGUACCUGUCCGUGGCCUUGAAAGCCUAUAAACGGAGAUAAAAUUCACGUUGAAGACUUGGGGUUUUAAAUUAUGUGGAUGAAGAACCCAAGACAUCCAGGUUCAAGUUAAGGUAUGUAAAGGGUUGCUUCCAAAAAAGCAUUAUGUAAAUUACCUCCAACCAUAAAUGUAAUGUAACACAAAUACCCUUGCUUAUGUCAGUUUGUAAUGCAUGUGUGAUGAGACUGAAAAUAACUAGAGAUUCUCUUUGGCUUAAAUCCUGUUAAAGUGUGCCAUGUGAAAACAUCAACUUUUCCUGAAAACUUUUUUUUUAAGAUUGUCUGUUUCUUUGUACAAAAGAAAACAUUUGCAUUUCAGCAUUUUUAAGGUGAUCGUAAGCCAAUAAUUUCAUUUCAUCAAUGCGAUUUUCCUCAAGAUGUCGUUACCAUUUCAAGAGAAGAGGAUGAUUUUAAACCAAUGCUGAAUUUCCAUUUGCAGGAAACACUGUUUGAGAGUUGUGUGCACUACUAUAUAGUGAAACGAAUUAAGACCCAAUGGGGAAUAUUUUUCUUGCCAACUGAAACUCCAUUAGCUGCGCGGUUAAGAAUUUGACCGAGAGAUGAAAUUGGGAUGAGCGACGUCAUCCUAAACUUAAGUCAUGGGAAAUUUCGUCAGGAAAUGUUUGACUCUGGAAUUGAAAGCAAAGAGGCCAUUUUUAAAAUAUGAUUGCACAACUGAUCAUGCUGCACAGCUGACACUUAUUCAUUUUCUCACAACUGAAGUAUAACGCUGCCAUUUUAUUUUGUGGACAUUUUCGCGGAUUCAUGUUGGGUACCAUGACAUGUGUUUUCACCAUCGAUUUAAAGCCAUUCUUUAACAGGCACCAUGUCAAUACAUGGCUCAUUUUGACACUUAAUCAGGUCAUUUUAAGAUGCACAUAGUCAUGGUGCAUUUUAUGCAAUUACAUAGUUUAGAUUUAUUUAGUGGAACAAAUGAUGUAGCCAAUUAAUAUGAUGACACAGUUUUCGCAGGUGUGCCAUUUAUACAGGACAAUUAAAAUCACUUGAGGCUUGUUGAAAGACCAGCCCAGCGCAAGUGCACAUUUUUUCCGAUCAGGUGUAGAAAUGACUCUACAUGAAAUUUGCUCAUGCCAAACAAAAGACCGUGCCAAACCGCAACGAGUGACCUUUAAACUAGUUAUGCAAGGCUUUUACGUCCCUACACGAUGGAAAACGGGGGCAAAAGUCCACUGCAUCACUGUAUUACGUGGCGGAUUUACAUUUGCAUUUAAUAUAUUCAGCAUCAAACAUGCAUGUUGAUGAUGUCCCACUUGCGCCCGUUGUGCCUGAUUUCAGAGCCACGCUCUCUGAUAUGCGAAGUUCCAGUGCAGCCUUAAAUCUAAUGAUACCCUGCUGUGCAAGUGAGCACCAGAGAGAAAACAAUGGUGCAUUCAAGAAGUGUUGUUUUUCUAACACAAGGUCUUGGAAGAAUUUGCGAUUUAACGAGCACGAUUUGUUUAACAUUUUUAUAUUUGCUACAGUUGAAAAUGAAUUUGCAGCAUCACUGCAUUUCCAUUGUCUGAACUUUGAUGUGAUUUUGAUCUGCAACUUUUGCUCCACUAAAACUUUUCAUCCUUCCAAGGAAUUUGAUCUCUUCUCUUAACUCACUGGCAUGUUUCAGGAUUGUGGACAACAAUUUAAAGGCGCUUAUUAGCGGUCAAACCAAAGUAUUUCAAGCAUUUGAGACGUACGAAGAAAGAAAACGGUAUACCCUUUGGAUCGAGUCAUGUCACGCCGAAGAAGCCGCAGCCCCUCCCCAGGGCGUUUUUCACGCUCCUGCAGCAGUAAUGAUCCUAGAGAUUUGGAGAGACGCAUUUUCGUUGGGAAUUUGCCGACCUCCGACAUGGAAAAGAAGGAUUUGGAAGACAUGUUCAGCCCGUACGGGAAAAUAGUCGGCGUGUCGAUGUUUCGUGGGUUUGGAUUUGUACAAUUUGAACGUGUUGAGGAAGCCGAAGCUGCAAAGGCGGCCCAAAAGGGUCGCAUAUAUAAAGGUUAUAAAAUAGAUGUAAAUAUGGCAGUGGAGCGACGGCAAGCUAAACCUCAAUCCCAGCAGAGCCCCCCACGAAGGGCCCCGUAUGGCAGUUAUGGCGACAGCAAAGACCCCCGGCCUCGGUCACGAUCACCUGUAUAUGUGCGUGAGCCUCGAGACAGCCGAGACAGCCGUGAGCCUCGAGACAGUCGUGACAGCAGAGACAGCCGUGAGCCUCGGGACAGCCGUGAUGCAAGGGACCCGGGUAGAGACCCUGGCAGAGACCCGGGUAGGGACCUGGGCAGAGACCCAGGCAGGGACCCAGGAAGAGAGUCGAGGCUGGGUGCCCACUCUCGUGACCAUGAUUUACGGUACCGUGGCUCAGAGAGCAGAGACAAAGACCCCAGAGGCCCAGACCCCAGAGGCCCGGACCCCACAUACAGCAGAGAUGACUAUGACCGAUACUACCGCAGCGGCAGUGGUGCUGAAGACUAUUAUCGGAGGAAGGAUGAACCCUACAGGGAGGCUUACAGAGAUCCCUGGAAUGGACGCCGCGAGACAGAGGUCCCCUCUACACUCUCGGCAACAGCAGAUGAUCGUGCUCGACCAGAAGAGCGUCGGCGUAAUGAAUUGUAUCGACAGUACUAUGAAGAACUUCAGCGGCGCUACGACACCGACCGUCCUGUUGACUGCUCAGUGAUUGUCGUCAACAAGGCGCAAAAUCGGGAGUAUGCUGAGACGGUCGGGCGGAAAGUUCGCGAUUUGGGCAUGGUGGUGGAUCUGAUCUUCCUCAACACAGAAGUGUCACUUACCCAGGCACUAGAGGAUGUAGGCCGAGCCCGCACUCCUUUUGCCAUCAUCAUUACCCAGCAGCACCAGGUCCACCGGUCCUGCACGGUCAACAUCUUGUUCGGCACACCACAAGAGCAUCGAAACAUGCCAAUGCAGGAUGCCAUGAUGCUGGUUGCCCACAAUUAUGAUGCCUACAAAGUUGAAAACCGUGAAAAAGAACGAGAAGAGAUUGCCAGAAAGGCUGCCAAAAUGGCUGACAAUGUGUUGCUCAGAGAGCCGGACAGAGAGGGCCACCCCAUUUCUGUGCUCACCACCAUCACACUGCUUUCUGAAAACAGAUUUGUAACACCAGAUGAAAUGGACAGUCUCAUCGCCUACCUGAAGGACAAAAGAACCCGGCUGCUACGAAGCACUGCAGACCCUCUUGCAGCUCCAGCUCCUGCAGCAGGACAUCAUGACGUUCCACCCUCAGCCGCAGGAUUGCCGCCUCCAUCCCAUUCUACUCUCACCGCCCCACAGUCCAGCCACCUCGGCCUGUCGGCUGCUUCAAGCGCCUCAGCUAAUUCCAGCAAUCAGCAGGAGCUGCAAGCUAAAAUUCUCAGCCUGUUCAACAGCGGCAGCGGGGCGUCAUCAGGAGCCGUUGGCCCACCCUCUGUCUCCCAGGUGCAGUCCUACGGUUCCCUUGGCCCACCACCUAGCCAGAACCCCCCCCGCCCAGUGAUGCCUGGUCCUUCUCCAGUUGCAUCCCAGGCGUAUGGCGCCCCCCCCGGCCGCAUGCAAGGCCCACCAGUUGGUCAAAGACCGCCCAGCUCUACUUCAGGUAUCAAUUUUGACAACCCGAGUGUACAGAAAGCACUGGACACGCUCAUUCAGAGCGGACCUUCUCUCAACCACCUGGUGGGCUCUUCGGCCUCUCAGCAGCCACCCCCCAGGUCAGCACCCAGCAUGGGCCAGGCCCCACCUAUGUCCAUGUAUCCCCGACAUUACUGAAGGUUGUAGUCAAUUAAUUCUUCUAAUGUGAGCUCCCCCUCUCCCUGUGACACAUCAGUCCUCUGUGCAGUGAUUUUACCAGCUGUGUAUAGGUAGAUUGUAAGGUUGGAUGUUUUGUAAAAGCUUUUAAUUUUUUUUUUUUUGUAUUUUUUGCUCUCGAUAUUAUGUUUACUUGAUUAGAAUGUUAUGAUUUUGAUUUGAUGAAUUGUCCAGACGAACUGCUGGUCUAUAUUUUAUUAGCCAGAAGAUAUUUAUUCAGUCUUCUUACAUGCGAGAUAAAAGAUGAAGAACAUGCAUGUGUACAGUAUAUUUCAGUUCAUGAUGGACACCUUAGUUCUUUCCCAACCAUGAUCAAUUCUGUGUUUUAUAGUUUUGCACUGUGUCUUUUUAAUUUGUAACAUUUUCAUUGUCAAAACAGGACAUGAUUAAAAACUCGAGACACAAUUGCUGUAAUAAAA